AAAUAUCUGGGUGGAGCCUUCCCUGCGUGUGUAUAAAUACUGCCGACUUGGACACUGCGCUCUCUUUCCAGCUCACUUAGGGGACGAGAUGUCUCACAGAAAGUUCUCAGCUCCCAGGCACGGUUCCCUGGGCUUCCUGCCCCGCAAGCGCAGCAAGAGACAUAGGGGCAAGGUUAAGAGCUUCCCCAAAGAUGACCCCAGCAAACCAAUUCACCUGACUGCCUUCUUGGGUUACAAGGCUGGCAUGACCCAUAUUGUCAGAGAAGUUGAUAGACCUGGCUCAAAGGUGAAUAAGAAAGAAGUUGUGGAGGCGGUGACUGUGGUAGAGACUCCUCCUAUGGUCAUUGUGGGAAUUGUAGGCUAUGUUCAGACUCCACGUGGCCUCCGUAGCUUCAAGACCAUCUUUGCAGAACAUGUUAGUGAUGAAUGCAAGAGGCGUUUCUAUAAGAACUGGUACAAAUCUAAGAAGAAGGCUUUCACAAAGUACUGCAAGAAGUGGCAAGAUGAAGAAGGCAAGAAGCAGCUGGAGAAAGACUUCGCCAGUAUGAAAAAAUACUGCCAGGUCAUCAGGGUUAUUGCCCAUACACAGAUGCGUCUGCUCCCCUUGCGCCAGAAAAAGUCUCAUCUCAUGGAGAUUCAAGUGAAUGGUGGUAAAGUGGCCGAGAAGGUGGACUGGGCUCGUGAGAAGCUGGAGCAGCAGGUUGCAGUGUCGGGAAUUUUUGGCCAGGAUGAAAUGAUUGAUGUCAUUGGAGUCACAAAGGGCAAAGGAUACAAAGGUGUAACUAGCCGUUGGCACACAAAGAAGCUGCCACGCAAGACUCACAGAGGUUUGCGAAAGGUAGCUUGUAUUGGAGCAUGGCAUCCUGCCAGAGUGGCCUUCUCUGUGGCUCGUGCUGGCCAAAAAGGUUACCAUCAUCGUACUGAGAUCAACAAGAAGAUCUACAAGAUUGGACAGGGCUACCACUCAAAGGAUGGCAAACUUGUAAAGAACAAUGCUUCAACUGACUAUGAUCUGUCGGAUAAGAGUAUUAACCCACUGGGUGGCUUUGUUCAUUACGGAGAAGUAAAAAAUGACUUCAUCAUGCUGAAGGGCUGUGUUAUUGGGACCAAGAAGAGAGUUCUCACUCUGCGCAAGUCCCUCCUUGUGCAGACCAAUCGCCGUGCUCUGGAGAAGAUUGACCUCAAAUUCAUUGACACCACCUCCAAAUUUGGACAUGGUCGUUUCCAAACAGCAGAAGAAAAGAAGGCUUUCAUGGGUCCACUCAAGAAAGACCGUCUACCAAAGGAGGAAGCCUAAAACAGAUUGCCAUGUUCCAUCUGGGUUAUGUUGCACUUUUAAGGAGUCUCCAAUAAAUUUUUUAUUUGGAUUACUUUAA